AUGAGCGAGGAAGUGAUAUCAAUGCACAGCAGUUCGUUUGAGUCCUCUACACCUACAUCUGAUAACGAAAACCAUGAAUAUGAUACAGAUCUAGAGUUAAUAAUUGAUGAUGAUUCUGAUUUGGAGAAAAGAUUACAGGAAGCUGAAAGACAAUGGAAAGAGAGUUUACAACAAUUAUCAAAAGCUAUUAAUUGGUUAUUAUUACCUUUGUUAGGGAAAUUUUUGGGAAGACGUUUUGCUAGAACUGUGUGGUCACAUGUAGCAAGUCUUAUUUGGCAAUAA